UAGAUGCUGAAUCCCAGAGGAGUGAACCGAGAUGAUGCAGAGGAAGCUGGUGCUGCUGGUUGGCAUCACCAUGGUUACCCUCCUCAUGAUACUGAAGAGGGAGCACGUGAUACGCCUGGUGAACUUGAUGAGACCUUACUCCCCGUCUGUCCUGUUCGACUCAGAACUCACACUGCAACCAUGGCAACGGGCACCCACGGAGACCAUCACCCCCAUCCCAGGCUCCAAGCACCUCAUGGUGUCUGCGUUUAAGGACCACAGACGGGGCGGCGCUAUCCGGGUCAUCAGCAUCAUCUGCAGGCAGGAGCUGCAGCCGCUCUACUGCGUCCUGUGUGCCAACGAUGAUGCUAACGCUAACGUUGAUGGUAGUGCUAGCACUGAUGCUAAUGCUAGGCCAAAUGCUAAGGCUAAUGGGGCUCUGGGUCAGUGCACAACCUCACAGGCAAAAGUUGAUGUACACAGUGAUAACUUUGGCUUUCCUUUUCACACUUCAGACGUGUUUUGUACUACUACAACAUCACAGCAAGCUUCAUAUGUCAGUAUAACAACUGACCCAAACAAAAGUGGCAAUUUGACAUAUUUAUCAGUCCAAAACCAGGAGGUCAAACAAUCUUUUAGUUACAAUUUUACUGUAUGCAUAUCCAAUCUUUUUGGGAAGUACAAUAACGCCCUCCAAUUUGCACAGACCAUGGAGGUGUACAAGCUGAUUGGGGUUCAGAGGGUUGUCAUCUACAACACCAGCUGUGGCCCAGAUGUUGAUAAAGUCGUCACGUAUUACAGGAGAGAGGGUAUGCUGGAAGUUGUGCCUUGGCCAAUAGAUAAGUUCCUAACGCCCUCUACUGGGUGGAAGUAUGACUUGCACCAUGGUGACAUUCAUUAUUAUGGACAACUGACCACUCUGAAUGAAUGUAUUUACAGAUAUAUGUACCAGUCAAAGUACCUCCUGCUGAAUGACAUUGAUGAGAUCAUUAUGCCUUACAAACAUGGUAAACUUGACAAGCUAAUGGAUACAUUGCAGCAGCAACAUCCCGAUGCAGGCGUCUUCAGCAUCGAGAACCACAUCUUCCCCAAAACGCAGUUUGAUGACAGUGGGCGAUUUCGUCUGCCUCAGUGGAGGGACGUGCCUGGUGUGAACAUCCUGGAGCACAUCUACCGAGAGCCAGACAGGAAGGGCGCGUUCAACCCCACCAAGCUGCUGAUUGACCCCCGGAGAGUGGAGCAGACCUCGGUCCACAGCACACUGAAGCAGUUUGGACCUGUUGUCGCUGUCCCGUUCGAUGUCUGCCGCAUCAUCCACGUCAGGGUCCCCCUACAAGGACACCUCUCCAAAGACCAGCUGCUCGUGGACAAGAAACUCUGGGAGUUUGAGAAGCAUUUGAUUCCCAGCAUUGAUCACGCAUUGAAUCAAUCAGGUCUGCUCUGA